AUGGCUAUCUUCGAUUCUGAGAAGCGCCCUCGCGGUCUUCGCAUUCCUUCUCUAGCGGCGAUGAAAAAUGGUACCGUCGCUGCCAGAUCCCAGUUCUCCUUCUCCGGCAAGAAAUCCAACGAAUCCCGCACUCCCGAAGAGGAUCCAAUCUCUACUCCUCCGUCCGGGGGUUUCUUUGCCCCGCUGUCGAAAGCUGCCCCUCCUCCAAGCACGGAACUACCUGCGAUCCCCAGGGAUCAAUUACCUCCCCCACCGCGGAUGACAACCCAUGACCCAGCCCGUCGAGAGGUGGGGAACCCCCCCGCGCCGGCUAUUGUUGAACCUGCGCCGCCUCCCGAAGCCCAGUCUGAGCUCCAGCAAGCUUCCCAAAUGCAGCCGUUACCUCCAGUGAAGUCCGAGCGUCGCACGCAACCAGAACCGACAAUGUCGCAGUCGCAAAUGCAGCCAUACCCGCAAGAGCCGUCUCAAUCCCAAUUCACCCAGUCUGCACCCCCGGUCAUGCUCUCCCUGCCUGCAGCAGAAGACAACGAAGAUUUGACACCACUGGAAGACUUCAUUCCAACUCCCGAUGGCUCUGGAACUCCUUUGGAACCGGUGUCUAGCGGUGAGCAAGCUCGAAUUGAUACGCCGCCUUUGGAAGUUGAGCCUGUCGCGGCGCCGUUGAACAAAGGUCACUUGGCUUGCUUCCAGGAGCAUCGCAACAUGCCCGUGGCACAGAACGUGUGGUGCCCGAUACCGUGCAUGACCUGUCUCAAGUUUGACCGAGAGAUCCGUCACCGUUGUGUAUUCUGUUGCUUGCGCAUCUGUGAAGGCUGCCAUCAGGCUCUGAUGAAGUGCAAAAAUCGGUCGUUGGAGGAGCUCAUGGGAAGCCUCAACUGA